CAAUCACAAACUCAAACUCAUAAUCAACUCAACAUGUUGGAAUUACCAAAUGAGGUCACUCUGAGGAUUCUAUCACAUCUGGAUCCAGCUGAUCUGGUGGCUGUUCAGAUGGUCAAUCGUACAUUAUACAAGUUCUGUGGCGAGAACACCAUUUGGAAGGCAAUUUGCAAGAGGAAAUGGAGUAGCUCACCAGUGUUCAAGCGUCGUCCCAUCACAAGUUGGAAGAACUACUACUCAAAGAAGGUGUCACUGUUAAAGAAUGAUAAUGGCCUACAAUGGACAGAGAUAAAGUAUACGGGAGAGAAACCAUCACCAAGAUAUCAACAUUCGAGUAUUGCUAUUGGAAAGCAUAUUUAUUAUAUUGGUGGACAGGAGUUGCCAGAGAAGAGGUUCAACGAUAUAUAUAGGUUUGAUACGGUGGCCAGCAAGUUUGAGAGGAUACAGCUUACAAGGGGUGUCCCGCCCAAGUUUGCAAGACAUGCCGCCGUAGCCAUCGAUCACAAGAUAUUCACGUUUGGAGGAUUCGAUGGAUUCCAGAUGCACUACAACCUGUGCGUCUACGACACGAUGGCUCAAACAUGGGACUAUGUUGGCACCGUUGGCGACGUGCCCGUGCCACGCACCAAUCACGCUGCCGCUGUGAUUGAUCGACACAUGUAUGUUUAUGGCGGCAUGUACAAAGAGCCCAACAACGACCUGGUCUUCCUCGACGACCUCAUGUGUCUGAACACCGACACACUCACAUGGACAAAGUUGGCACCAACAGGUGACUUGCCCCCAGCCAAGUGUGGACAUCAGUUGGUGGCAUUCGAUAACAAGCUGUUGUUGUUUGGCGGUGGCUCAGGAUAUCAAUGGGAGAGCAAGUACAAUGACAUCCACAUCUACGACCUGCUGGUCAACCGAUGGACCAAGGUCAGCAUGAAGGGUUCGGCACCAGUGUGCACGUUCUCUGCUGGAUUCAGUGCUGGACCAUUCUUCUUUGUGUAUGGAGGACAAUCGAUCAAGGACGACACGCUCACCAAUGAUCUUUUCAUGUUGGACACGGUCAAUAUGAGCUGGACAAAGAUCGAGACCGAGAAUGCACCGUUCCCAAGAGAUAUGGGAUCGGGCAACCUUGUUGGCUCAAACAUGUACAUCUUUGGAGGUCUGCGUGGCAUCGCCAUGGACAAGAUGCAUUGUCUCCAGAUGCAAAAGAAGUUCGAGAGUCUCAACCUCCAAUUCCCAAGU